UUCUCAUUCAGUUCUUAACACUCGCCGGAUAAACAACAGUUUGGCGCUUGUUCGCGUUCACUUCCCGUCGCGUUCAGAGAGAAUACACUACUACUGCUGCUGCUAGUGUGUGUGCGUGCGUGUGAACUGUGCGAAAAGAAGCAAUAUAAACCUUUUGUGCGCGCGACGCAAUUAUCUGACAGCACUUGAAAGUAUGCUACACAAAUUUGUUUCAACUUGUUACUGCAACAAUAACAACAACCAAAACAACGGCAACCAUCCCACGCAAUUUAUCAUAUAGACUGCGUAGCAAGCAAGAGCGAGACAGCAACACGGCGCAACCAGCAGCGAGAAACAACAACAACAAGCAGAAAUCAGGAAACCAGGAAACGAACUGGAAUAUAUAGAAAAUUCUACAACAAACUACAACAACAAAGCAGUAAAGCUGUUACUCCUAAAGGUAAACGGAGCCACCGACGGCACUUACAACAUAAAGAUGGCGUCCUCACCGACACCAUCUCUGGACUCGAUGCGGGGCGGGGCGAACUCGAUUGAAUCGUACGAACACGCCGGCUAUCUAUCAGACUCUCCGCUCACGUUGAGCGGUUCAUCGCCACCGGCAAGCGAUUCGGCAAUCUGCAGUGAUGAGUACACGGGCGGCAGCAGCGUUAAAUCACGCUCUGAGGUGACUGUAAUCAAUGGCCAUCAUCCCAUUUCGGCCUCCGUAUCGUCCAGCUCUUCGGCCAGCUCUUCAUCCUGCUCGUCGUCAUCGUCCUCAUCCUCGUCUUCGUCAUCGUCCAGCUCCUCGACCAGCGGCCUCAGCGGUUGCGGCAGUACCAGCAGCAGUGUGAUCAGCGCCAACAACGUUGCGAGCAGCAAUGGACCAGGCGUUAUCGGCAGCAAUCUUCAGUCCUCAAACAAUGGCGGCAACUCGGGCAUCAGCAGUCUGGUCGUGGGUGCGGGCAAGGGAAGCAACAGCAGCAGCAACAGCUCCUCGAGCAACACAUCCGCCAAUGGAUCUCCGCCACGUUGCACCGCCUGCAAGAGCAAGUGCAGCGAUGCGGUGGCCAAGUGCUUCGAAUGCCAGAGCUACCUGUGCGCCAAUUGUGUAACUGCUCAUGAGUUCAUGCACUGCUUCAACGGACACAAUGUGUGCCUGAUUAAGGGUUUUGAGGCGAGCACCACUGGCACUCCGCUGUCGGUUGGAUCGCCUAGCAACAAUCCGGCGUCGAAUGAGUUCAAGUACGCCAGUUCGCUGACCAUGAUGCUGCAGCAGCAGCAACAGCUCGACUCGCAACAACAGCAACAGCAGCAACAAUUGCUGCCGGCGCAGCCUAUGUCGCAACUCUCGAAGAUUGUACUGGCAGCCGCCGCGCAGGCAAAUUCCCAGGAGCAACAGCGAGAGGAUAGCAUCUAUGGUUCACUGCACCCACAACAACAACAACAGCAGCAGCAACAGCAGCAGCGACAACUCUUCUGCCCCCGACACAAACAGGAGCUGCUCAAGUUCAGUUGCCGCACCUGCUGCAUCCUGGUGUGCAAGGAGUGCAUUGUACUGGAGCACUCCACAGGUCUCCACGAACUGGAGAACGUGCAGUCCCCCGGAAUGACAACCUCUACGGGAUCCACAGCCAACGAGUCAGCUUUGCAGACUCUGCUCGCCGAUAUGCGUGGCAAAAUUGGCGAGAUUGUCGGCAUUGCUGGAAACUCGGACCAGAAUCUCACCAAGGUGAAGCUGCAGUACCAAAAGGCUCACAACGAGCUGAACGAGACGCACCAGUUCUUCGCUUCCAUGCUGGACGAGCGCAAGACCGAAUUGCUCAAGGAACUGGAGACGCUGUACACGGCCAAGGUUAACAGCAACAAUUCGUGGCAGCAACGCUCCCGCGACUUGAUCGACAAGGGACUGGCCACCUGCGAGGCGGUCGAGCGGAGUCCUGCUCCGCCAUCAUCCUUGCUGACAGAGGCCCUUCUCCUGCGCAAAUCCCUGGAGCAACAACUACAGACGGGCAUUCAGGAGAUGCAGCUACCAUUCGAGAUCGAAUUUAUGUCCAACUAUCAGUCGAUUCAGGCCGGCGUGCGCAACACCUUUGGUUACAUUCGGGCAAACAGCUCAGAUGGUGGACCUACUGGCAUGAGCCUGACGAGCAAUGGCCACGGAAAGCAGCCGCCAAUUGCCCGACCAACACAGAGCGCCAGCAACAGCAGUGCGAGCAGCGCGGGCAGUGGUCACCAUGGCCACCACCAACAGUCACACCAUCAUGGCCACCACAAUCAUCACCAGACGGCCCAUCAUCAACAGCUGCAGGCGCAAUCGUCGCUGCAUGGCUUGGGUCUUGGAUUGAGUGGCGCCAGUUUGUUGGAUAGCAGCUCUAGCGCAGGCGGAGCAGUGGGAGCCUUCAGCAACGGAGGACUUCUGCUGGGCGGUCGCGAUCGGAACGCUCUGGCAGUGGAACAGCAUUUCGGUGAGCUGAUGCCCAAGCGAGGAGGAGGUGGCUACACGGGCAGCAAUGGAUCGGCCACCAGUGCCGUGGCCCACUACAAUCCCUACGAGAAGUGGAGCAACGGCGGUAGCGACAAUCUGUUUUCAUCGGUGACAAGCGGCGUGUCCGGUAGCUCUGCAGUGGCCGAUGCAUUUGCCAGCCUGUCUGCUGUUGGAGGAUCCGUGGUUAGUGGCGCUGGAGCUGGCGGAAGUACUGUGAGCUCAGAGUCGUUGCUGGACCUCACCAACAAGCUGCUUUCGGCCACUAUCUAUCCGCCCAAGUCGCAGAUCAAGCGACAGAAGAUGAUUUACCACUGCAAGUUUGGCGAAUUCGGCGUGAUGGAGGGCCAGUUCACGGAGCCCAGCGGUGUGGCGGUAAAUGCCCAGAAUGACAUCAUUGUUGCGGAUACGAACAACCAUCGCAUUCAGAUCUUCGACAAGGAGGGACGCUUCAAGUUCCAGUUUGGCGAGUGCGGCAAGCGUGACUCGCAGCUGCUCUAUCCGAACCGCGUGGCCGUGGUGCGCAAUUCCGGCGAUAUUAUUGUCACCGAGCGCUCGCCCACACACCAGAUACAGAUCUACAAUCAGUACGGCCAGUUUGUGAGGAAAUUCGGGGCCACCAUUCUGCAGCAUCCUCGCGGCGUGACCGUGGACAACAAGGGACGGAUCAUUGUGGUGGAAUGCAAGGUGAUGCGUGUGAUCAUCUUUGAUCAGAACGGCAAUGUGCUGCACAAGUUCGGGUGCUCUAAGCACCUCGAGUUCCCCAACGGCGUGGUGGUCAACGACAAGCAGGAGAUCUUCAUCAGCGACAAUCGGGCGCACUGUGUCAAGGUGUUCAACUACGAGGGCCAGUAUCUGCGGCAGAUUGGCGGCGAGGGUAUUACCAACUACCCAAUUGGCGUCGGGAUCAACUCGAACGGGGAGAUCCUCAUCGCGGACAACCACAACAACUUCAACCUGACGAUCUUCACGCAGGACGGGCAGCUGAUCUCGGCGCUCGAGUCGAAGGUGAAGCACGCGCAGUGCUUCGAUGUGGCGCUCAUGGACGACGGCAGUGUGGUGCUGGCCAGCAAGGACUAUCGGCUCUACAUAUAUCGCUAUGUCCAACUGGCGCCAGUGGGUAUGUAAACACACAGACACACACACUCCAUGGAUGUGAGUCCGGAAAGGAGGAGGAUCUGUGGUCCGGCACUCACUACUUCUAUAGGCUAAGUUCUCAAUAGUCUGACUUGCUCGGUCUCUCCAGCUCUAAUUCUAAAUCUACACAAUCGAAGUUGAAAUCGAAAUCUAUAAGAUCCCUACUAUCUCCCCCGAUCUGUCAUCUCUCAUAGCCUUAGACUUUGCUCGCUAUGUAAUAACACACACGCACACUGUUGGAAUGAUUUUUAUUAUCUUUUAAAUUAUUGUUGAAUUUUGUUUUAUUUUUUUUAUAUAUAUUUACACUGUUAAGCUUAGUUUUUAUUUGUGCGUACUUGUUUAUGAUAAAUAUAUAUUAUGUGUAUUCAUGUUCAUGUUCAAAUCGGAUAGUGCCGCCGCCUCUCUAUAUCUUUGCACACUUCUCACUUCAAACCCUCGUAUCUCUAUCUCGCGUGCAAGUCGUAUUUUCAACAAACACAAGCAAACAACCGAAACAAACAAAAAAAAUGACACUUUUUAACUAUAUAUAGUAGAUACCAGAAGAAAUCCCUCCACUUUUUUUAUGUUCGUUGCCGACUGCAAGGAAAAAAAAGGAAAAAAAUUAUGAAAAAAAGAAGUUGGUAUAAAAUAAACUUAACAAAUAACCGCCAACAAAAUGGAGCCGCGUAUCGAGCAUUAAUUAAUUAAUAAUUGAUUGUAAUUUUUAGAUAUAUGAUUGCGCAAAUUGUUUGUUAUUAUUAUUUUUGAUUGCAUAAACAUUUGAUACAUUAUAUAUUAUAUAGCUGUUUUUUACGUUUAUAAAUUAUUUUUGAUUAUACCACUUAUUGAUUACUGAUUAUUUAUAUUUAUAUACAUUAAUUAAUUAUCCUCUAAGACAUGUUUGCUACUUUUAUACGAAAUCAACCGAACCCAAAACCGAACCGCGACACAAACAACAAUUCACAAUUUUUAUACUCGCUUAGAAUUUAUGUUUUCCAUUGUUUUAUUGUAACCACGACAGCGGAAAGAAAAGAUGGAAUUACCUACCUACACCGUAAUAAUAAUGCAGACAAAAACCCACUGGCGAUUCUUUAAUUUAAUUUAAACAAAAACAACUGAACGCACUGAGAAUAGUUGAAAUUUUUGUUCUUGAUUGUUGAACUAUUUUUUGUUUAGGCAUUUAUAUUUUAAAAUAAUUUCUUCGUUCGCAAGGAAGACGGACGAAUUUGUUGUUUUGCCCCAAAAUAUAUUACUAUAUUAUAUGCGAAAAUUAUUUGUUGUCAAAUUGAAUUUAAAUAAACAUGGAAAAAUGUGUAUAUCAAACGAAAACAAGGCGAUAUUUAUGUGCACCAAGUUAGUUAGUGGUAACUUCGAGUGCGAAUUCAAAGUAUCUUGAGGAUGUGUGUGCAUAGAUCUAAUUGAGUAUUUAAAAGUAACAUUUAACUAAAAGUUGGCAAUCAGCGCAGAAGACUUGAAACAUUUAUAACUAUUAUAAUUAUACAAUUAAAGUAUGUCUAUUAAUAUACGAUAAACACUUAAAUCAGUAAAUCAAAAAUCUCAAAUAAUUGAAUAGUUAUAAAGAGAAACCGCGAAUAGGGAAACAACAUCCCAGCCAAGCCAGACCAAUCGCCCACUUAUGUUUACUUCCUUGACAGAAAUAGGGACUAAAUACGAAAGCCACACGGUGGGCAACAAUCAGGAUAUGGUACUCGAAGGAAUCGUCACAUAUCCUCUUGAUCUGUUGCGCACCGUGUGCACAUGGACUUCUAAUUGCAAUGAUUUAGUUAAAGCAUUUACUUGGAUAGGCCUCAAAUGAUGAUUGCAGAGCUAACAAAAGUGUUCUUUAAGUAAGGGUUAGUUAAAAGCAGUUAGGACGUUAGAUAUUUAAAGUGAACAUACUAUUAAGGCAAGGAAACACAACUUUUUGAGACUACAAACGCAACAUUAACAGGAACAGCAUUUAAAAAAUGUUUAUUUUGUAAUUUUAAAAGUAAUCACUAUGUAUUUUUGUUGGUUUUGCUUGGAACGCGACGCGAACCCCGCCCCCUUGACCCCAUUGACACGCCCACACGUAAGCAGGUAUUAGAUUUCUUGAAUAUAAUUUAACAAUAUUGUAUUAAACACGUAGUAUUUAACUAAUAUAGUUUCCCCCCUUCCUCAUCCUCUUUAUAUUCCCUUGUUUGUUUUGAAAAAACGCCUUGCUCUGUGUAAUUUCUGAUUUGCUUGACCUAUUAUUUUAAUUAUUUGAUAAUUACCUAUGUUUUGUGUGUAUCUACUUAAGUGAGAUUAUUAAAUAUACGAAAAUAUAUUUUUUAGUUCUUUCUUGUUGUAAUCUUAAUUGACUUUAAUCGACCUAUUGUAUUGAAGAUUAAUGUAUCGAUGUAAUGGUAGCUGUAAUAACGACAAAGGGUUUAAACAAAGUAUUGUACGUUUUCUGUGUGAGAAACACUUUUUACUUGACAGCCAAAAAAAAAAAAAGCAAACUAAAAAGUACACAAAAACUGUUGAAAUUUUUUUUAUAUAAAAAUUGUUGAAAAUAAAACUAAAAGAAAAACUAAAACACAUAAGAUACUGCAAAUUGAUGGUAUUUAUUACGGCAUAAUGCGUACUAUUUAAUUGUAUUUAUUAUUAGCAUUUUAGUGUGCACAAUCAGUUUUUGCAAAAAGCAGUUUUAUUUGUAUUUUGUGCUUGCAUAACUUUGUUUUUAUGUUUAUCAACUAUUAUUAUUAUUACAUUUUUAAAUGUUAUACAAACAAAACGAACUACGAACACACAACAUGGGACACAACACACACGAUAACGACUAUUUUAUAACAAACUAUAAACAAUAGACAGCAAAUGUACAUCUGUGCUCUGUGCAAAAAUGUUGUAAAAGCCCACACAAAACACAACCCAACAACAAAUGCCACAAAAACCAACUGAAAAACCAUUAAAGAUUUUAUACUUAUUCUGAUAAAAAGAACCAACCAAUUGUUUGCUUUAUUUCGUUUUACUUUUGAUUUUGAUUUGAAGCUGUAUCCUUAUUUUCUUAGCAUUUCUAGCAUAGUAUUGGUUAUACUUUGAUCUGAACAGAUGCGAUGUUGUUAACCCACUAAGGCCGAAUUUCCUUUCCUGUCCUUUCGUUCCCCCCGAUCCCCCUGAGAUCUAUCUGUAGUAGUGGUAAACUAUUUAAUCUUUAUAUGAAUAUAUAUGUGAAUGUAUGUUGAUAAACAAAUUGAUGAAUUGAGAAUCUAAUAGACUGUGCAACCACAAAAAUGGAAAACCGAUAAAAGUUUUUUAAAUAUAUAUUUCUAUAUAUUUAAAUCUCGGGUAAGGGGCAGCAAAACACAAAAUUAUUUAUACAUGCAUAUACAUACCUAUAAGAUACAGUGUGUAACCAUAGCACAGUGAGCUAUCAAAACUAACUAUACUAGCGUCUUAUUUCCGAUACUCCAGAUCGAUUGAUAUGAUAUGUAAACCAUUAAUACCGCCAAUUAACUGUGCUCUAACCCAAACUUAUAUAACCAAACUGGGCGUUAAGUGCCCCGUGACACUUGCUUUGGUAUCUCGCUCUAUACAUAUAUAUAUAUAUAUAUAUAUAUAUAUAAAUUUAUAAAUUUAUGUAUGUUAACAUUGCCGAUAUAUAGUAUAUGUAGUUGGGCAUUUUGCGUGUGUCGCCAUUUGUGAUUAGUUUUUGGGCCAAAGUCUCGUGUCACCAAAGAAAAAAAAAUGAAGAAAAAACCCGAAAAAGAAAAGAAAGUAUGAAGGAAACAGGACGCCAAAAAUGUAAGGAAAAUUCUGAGAUGGAAAUUCAAAAGUAAAGUAACUCCACCAUUUGAGUAGUGCUAAGCGUAAGUGUUGUUUAAUAAAUGGCAAUGACAUGCAUACACGUAUUAUAAUCGUAUUAUGGCUACUAUUAUUUUGUGAUUGUUAGGAGCUCUCUAUGAAUGUUGAACGGAAUCGAAUCGAAUCGAAUCGAAGCGAAAUCGAAUCGGGAUCGCGAUCCAUCUACGGAUCGGUCCCACUCUCUCUUUUUGGGAUUGGUUGAGGAAGAGACUGUCAGGCACAAGUUACGCAGAACAGAACUAGAUACUAGAUGUUAGUACUAGAUGUAUAGAUAGGUACGAGCGCUACGAGCAUAUUGGUGUUUGUAUGUCAUAUCUGAGGAAUCAUUUUAAUUGUAGUUUAUAUUUUUGAUAAAUGUUAUUAAGGAACGGAACAAAAAUGUAAAUCAAAGUCAUUUGUCUGCAUUGUUGAGCAUGUUUGUAUGGAAUUUAAAUUUUGUACGAAUUCUAGUAGAUGGAAGGCAGUUCGGGGAUUCGAAACGAGGAAUGGCAAAACAGCAGCAAACUACAUACAUAUAUGAAUGGAACGCAAAUCCAAAAGUAAAUUAAAAUUCAAAUGGCUUCGUAGAAGUGUUUUUAAGUAUUAUUAGUAUAUGCAUUAGGCUACGAAAGCUCUGAACGAAAAAUGCUUAAACCACUAAAUUAUUAACAACAUACCAUAUAGAUAUAUGUAUGCAGCUAAUUGAAUAACCAUUGAGUGUGUGUGUGUAUACUUUUUGUCAUCCAGCACCCAACUUAAAAAAGAAAACAAUCUCAGAUCGGAGUUAUCCUUUCGAACAGAUCGGCAAUCGUUUUUCGCUGGUGCCAGGACCUUUUCAUUAAGUAGAACUUCAAUUCUGAUAUUCCGUCAAAUGUUUUAAGUGAAUUAUAGGCAAAAGAUACGAGAAACAAUAUAUAUAUAUAUAUAUAUAUUUAAUAUGCAUGCUUGAGUAGUGUCUGUUUGAAUGUCUGUAAUUUGUACGUAACUCAACAACAUAGCAUUAAUGACAAAUGAUCGGUUCAUUCCCGCAUUAGUUUAGUUUCCCUUUUUUGUCGCAUUAGAUAUAGGCUAUAUCUCUACGAUUAAGUAGACUAGAAAUUGAGGAACAAGAUACUUUAUUUCGACCUUUUAGCGCUUGGUCACGAACUUCACCGAACAUUCAAGUAGCAAUCCAAACCAACAUAACAACUAACAUAAAUGAUAAAUACCAAACAAAAUAAUUAACUAUGACUGAUUUUAUACACGAAUUGAAGGAUUUACACAACAAAUUAUACACAUAUACAUACAUAUAUAUGAAUAUUUAUAUUUAUAAUGUUGCUACUAUAUAAAACAAAACCAAAACAAAACAAAACAAAACAAGUUGAAGUUGAAGCCCCGGAUUAAGUCCUGGACUUCUCCAUCUGUAAUACAUUUUACACUUUAGGCUACUUAACGCUACAUUCUUGUAUAUCUACGAGUAUAAAAACUAUAUUUAUGUGUGUGUUUAACGGCGAAGAAACCAAGCCACUUAGUAGUGAACUCAACAGUUUUUUAACACUCGAAAACAACAAAAUCUUAGACUGCUUCAAAAACGUAAACGUGAAAAAAAUAUAUGUAUAUGUAUAUGUAUGAAAAACUCUUGUGAAAUAAAAUGAACAUAAGACUCGUUUAGGGAAUUUUUCUGAACAGAUUUUCCGUUUCCUUUCGCUUGUUUUCUCCCUAUGCACUUGUUUAAACUGAGAAACUAUAACUAUAACUAUAACUAAAUUGACUUUAAGCCGAAUGCGGACUUUCACUCUCGAUGAACUAAAAAACUAAAAACCAAAACCAAAUUUCGAAACGCGCAAGACAAACAAGAACAAGGAAAAUGAAUAUUUUCGCUAAUUUUUCUAGCUGCAAAUAAAAUAUUUAUAUACAUACAUCCGUGAAUAUAAUCUAUAAUAAUAAUGCAUAUACGCAAAGUAAGGCAUAUUAACUGUUUGUUGUUAGCUGCUUAUUCUUCCUAUUGAAGAUUAUGAAAAAUAAAAACUAAAAACAAAAACAAAUUCAUAUCCCAAGCAUUUUUGUAAUUUUUAACGAAAAACGACAUAUUAAAAACUCUAAAAAUACGCAAAGAAAACAUGAGAAUAAUUUGUAAGCCGAUCAUUUUAAGAACAAGUUUAUCUAACUUUAAAUCAGAACCAAAUGGGCAAUGUUUAAUGCAAUAACUAAAUAGGAAGCUUAAAAAAACCAUUUUUUUAUCACACUUUUUUUUUGUAGAAGUACUUAUUGUUUUAAUAUGGUACUGCGUUUGGUAACCUUUUAUCUUUAAAAAAUAUUAUUUUUUUGCACUUAUCCCUCCAUCCAAUGUAAGAUUCAUAUUUUUCACAUGAAAACAUUUGAUUUAUUUAAUUUUUAAUUUCAUUUCUUGCAGUAUUGCACAAAUUGCACAGCAACAUCAAUGAAACCAGCAAGAGCUUCUUGGCAGACAGAAUACAGCAACAUUUCAUUUGAAAUAGAAAAGCGAAAGAAACGAAAUAUUAUUAAUCAAUCACCAAACAUUCCCCAUACAAUUGUGUUAUGUUAAUGAAUUUGUUGUUGAAGAAGAGGAUGUAAGAAGGAAUGUAAUGUAAUGGCGAUGCAUGGACAAGUUUACGUUACGCAAUUAUUUUAAAUCAAUUUCGGGACUCAAAAAUUAUAUAAAUAUUAAUGUAUUUGCAAUUAGUGUAAAUGAGUCUCUACGGUCGAACCGCACACAAAGAAUUCACACAGACAAGAAUCAACGUUGCUAAAUCAUUGAAAUAUGCAUAAAUGUUAGCUCAUCUUAAUCAUAAUCGAUCAUUCAGCAUAGAUUUUAAUAUUUAUAACGCUAUAUAGUGCAACUAAGCCGAUCAUGGUAUCAUCAUCUAGUCAUCAUGCAUACAUAUAUGUAUUUUUAUAAUUAAUUAUUAUUAAUAUUAAAUAAAAAAAAAAACAAAAACAAAAACCAAAACCAAAAUGAAACAGAAAAUGAAAAGGAACACCAAUCUAAUGUUAAAUGUCGUUAUAAUUAAGUUUUCUUUGUAUACAUACAUAUAUAUUAUGUUUAGCUAACGAUUUACCAAUUACCAAUUUUCCGUGUAAGGAUUGAUUUUUAUGUCUCCCCGCAAUUUGAAUUUCUCGCUAAAGCCAAGUUGAAUUUUAACGUACACAAAAAAAGGAAAAAAACGAGUGAAUACUGUAUACAGGGUGUUGCUUAAAUGGCUUUCAUAUACUACGUUGUCAUAUGAAACUAAGACAUUUUAUCAGCUAAAGUAAUAAAAGUAAUAUGUUUUCUUUAUGGUUAAUUGUUUACACUGUACGUUCAGUUACAAAUCGUAUAUUUCGCUCAAAUUUUGUUUUACACUUAAGAUAAAUACAAAUAAAAAAAAAAAAGAAAAUCAAAGACAAAAAAAAAAUGUUAAAGCAAAUGACAAGAAAAUGUGGAAAAUAUGGACUGACAAGCAAAUAAUGUAUAUCAUUGAGAGGGUUGGCAUUUUUAUUCAAUACUUAUAUAAAUAUAAAGAAAAUCUAUAUUACACGUAGACUUUGUCAGGCAGGCCAUUCUCAGCUGUUUCGAACGGGGAAAUUGUUAACUUUUUGCGUUGAAAUGAAAAAAAGGAAAAUAAAAUAAAAGGAAAGGAAAAGGAAAUAUAUACACGCCCACCAAAUGCAUACUAUAUGCCAUAUACUGUUUCUAACAUGCAUACAAAGAUUUAACCACAGUACAGAGCAAUUACCAUUCGGUUUAAGUUUGUAACUGACUUAACUUACUGCCAGGAUCAGCUCAGCUCGGCUCCUCAGAUACCCUGCAUGAUACUCACUCGAUCAGUCAGUCACUCAAUCAGUCAGUCACUCAAUCACUCACUCACUCACUCACUCAAUCAUCCAGUCAUUCACUAAUCCAUCUUUCCCACAAAUCCAGCACAAUUAAAUGUAAUCUAAACCAGUAAACCAAGCCACUUUUUUGACAAAACGAAACCGGAAAGGCAUUUAACUUGAAUCUUCAACAUUUUUGAGCACAACCAACUGUUUUUUUUUUCUUUGAAUUACAUUUAAACUCGUCAAGAAGAAAAUUAAAAUGUAAUCAUAAUCGUACUUAAUUGAAUACGAUGUAAUUGAAUGUGAACGUUAUUAACUCAUUAACUAUUAUUACUAACUAAGAUUCCAACUGUAUGCGCAUUUUAUAUAUAAACCUAUAUAUAUAAAACAUUAAGGCAAACCCAAGAUAAAAACUCAUUAAUGUAAUGUGUAAGAGAAACAAAAGGUACUUACGGUAAAUUAUAUAUGAAUAUUUUUAUACAUGUGGAAAACGUAAAAACAGAGAAGAAAUCAUAAUAAUUUAUUAAAAGCUGAAAUUUGCUAGCUAGAGUGGCGAGUUCGGGAAUACCUAUUUGAAUUUGAUAUGACAACAGAUUUUAAACUGUGCUCAAAAUGGCAAAUCCAAUCCAAUGGCAAAGUCGACAGCGUCAGCGAGAAUUUUUGAAAUAUAAUAUGAGAAGGAAAUAAAAGUCUUUUUAAUGCUUAGGGGCCACAAUUUUCGAAGUAAUUAAAAAAUGAAAAAAAAAAAAUGAAAUUAUUAUUAUAUUAAAAUACGGUAUUAAUUAACAUUUAAAAAAUGUUGUGUAACAUUAAUAUUAAACCAACCAACAAGAACAACCAGCAACAACAAUUGUAUUGUAAGAAUUUCUAUUUCCAUUAAACAACAAUAAAAUUAUUUUGUUUUUAAAU